AUGAUGUCAUCAUGGUGUCUUCGCCGGUUGGCUGGGCUUUGCACUCUCACAGGGCUGAUCGUAUCCACGUCAGCUGCGGGCUUAGCCGACUGGAAAGCCAGGUCGAUCUAUCAAACCAUGACUGAUCGGUUUGCUCGCACGGACGGAUCAAUCACAGCACCAUGCAACACAACGGCAGGCCUCUAUUGCGGAGGUACAUGGCGAGGUACAAUCGACAAACUCGACUACAUCCAGGGUAUGGGAUUCGACGCCGUGAUGAUCUCGCCCAUUGUCGAGAACGUCGAGGGUCGAGUGGAAUACGGUGAAGCAUACCACGGAUAUUGGGUGUCGAAUCUCAACAAACUCAAUUCGCAUUUCGGAACUCAUCAAGAUUUGCUCGACCUUGGGGCCGCCCUCCGAUCCAGGGGCAUGUACUUCAUGAUGGACACCGUCAUCAACAACAUGGCCUCCAUCACGAAUGGCAGCAAUCCUGCUACGCACAUUGACUAUUCGGCCAUCACUCCUUUCAAUAAUGCCGACUACUACCACCCUUACUGCAAAAUUACGGACUGGAACAACAUGACCAAUGCACAAAUCUGUCAGACCGGUGAUAACAUUGUACCCUUGCCGGAUCUCUACACGGAGCACGAGGAGGUUCAAAACAUGAUGAUCAAGUGGGCCAAGAAGGCGAUCGAAACCUACUCCAUCGAUGGUCUGCGUAUUGAUGCCGCCAAGCACGUCAGCCCGGGCUUCCUCCCGAACUUCUACAAGGGCAUUAACAACACGUUCAUGACCGGAGAAGUUCUUGUGGGAGAGAUCGAUACCAUUGUCGACUACCAGCAAAAUUACAUCAAGAGUAUGCCCAACUACCCGAUCUAUUUCCAGAUCAUCAACGCGUUCACCUUGGGAAACACAUCCGUACUCGCGAAGGCUGUCGAGGAAAUGAGAUCCUUGAUCCCGGAUGUCAAUGCUCUUGCUUCUUUCUCGGAGAACCACGAUAAGCCCCGAAUUGCGGGUCUUUCGAAGGAUAUCUCAAUCGCUAAGAAUGUCCUGGUAUUCACCAUGCUGUUCGACGGCAUUCCCAUGAUCUACCAAGGCCAAGAGCAACACCUGGACGGGAACGCAACUCCCGACAACCGAGAAGCCAUCUGGCUGACCAAAUACCCCACCAACUCGGUGCUAUACAAACUGAUUGGCAAGCUCAACGCGAUCCGGAAGCACGCUUAUAUUCUCAGCAGAGACUACCUCGACCUGCCUACCCGCACAAUAUACCAGGAUAGCAGUGUCCUGGCCUUCACCAAGGGUAUCGAGGGUCGACAAGUCGUCAUGGUGCUAUCUUCUCAACCCUCCACUAGCACAUACUACACCAUCCACCUCCCCUACACUUAUAACGCAGGAGUUGAGCUCUUGGAUGUGCUCAACUGCAAAAACUACACCGUCGACAACAGGGGAUCGCUGGAAGUGGACAUGGACAAGGGAGAACCCCGAGUCUUCUUCCCUACCGAAUAUAUGGACGGUAGUGGUCUCUGUGGCUACCCUCUCUCCAAUGCCUCUUUGGCUUCCAUCAAGACGGGCAAAGAUAUUGCUACCUAUUCCAGUGACGCCACAAGAUUGGGAAGUACCGGUCUGUUCUCUUUGUUGGCUGCAGUAAUGAGCUAUGUGAUGAUCCUAUGA